GAAGCUCGAAACAGGGUUUUACCGGAAGAAGAAGGAGAAGCUUCUCUUUGCCCGCCGCUUAUCGGCCGCCGUUUGUCUUGAUCAAAUCAACGGCGAGAUCUAAUAGGAAUGAAAGGAGAUCUCUGGGAUGACUCUGCUCUCAUUAACGCCUUCGAUGGAGCUUUUAUCAAGCACAAGGUUGUUUCCAUUUCCUUCAAUCCUCUUUUCUCUUCAUAAAACAAUAAUUAAUCGAAUUUGCGCAUAAUUAUGAGAUGAUCCAGCAUUUAUUCUUCAAUAUCUUUUGUUUUAUUCAGAAAAUGAAUCAACGAAGACGCAAUCGUUCUAACUUAGAAGAUUCUUCAGGAAAACCUAACAGUGAUACUGAAGAACAUAAACCACAUCUGGUUGAUGAUAAUGCCUUGCUUAAAAGUGGUGCAUUGCCCACCAUAGAAGAAACUGGAGAAAGAUCUUCCCUAGAUUAUUAUACACAGUUUCUGAACCAACAAAUAGAGGACCAAAAACAAAAGAUAUCUAACCAGCUUCAUCAUCAUACUACAAGUGAAGAUUCCCAUAAUGUAUAUUCUUGUUACCCAUCUGCCGGUCAAUGUCUUGUGGAGACGCCACCACCAUCAUCUUAUGAUAAUGUCGAUGAUAUUCAAAAAAUAGGAAUGGAUGCGGUUAAUAGAGCACUUUCAUUAUUGAAGUCGUCACAAGCUUUUGACAGUUCUUCUGUUAAAAACAAAGCGAAAAGUGAGGAAAUGGGAAAAAAAUCAGGGUCUGAGACAGAGCUUAGUUCGGUUCUUAACGCAUGGUAUUUGGCUGGAUUUCACACUGGCAAAUAUCUCGAAGAACAGGCUCAAUUAAAGCGAGGAGGACAAUGAAGAGUUUUUGUGCAACAUGGUUAGAUAUUCAUGGCUGGUUAUCGCGAUUCUAUAUGCUUUGAUGUGAAACUAGUUUGAAUCAAACCUUUGGGGGGCUUUUUUUCCCAAUUAAGGUCAAAGGUUGCUAUCCAUAGCUAAAAAUGAAAUGGGAACUUGAACAUGCUUGAAACAAACUUUU